CCCAGCAACACAUUGGGUGCAGUGAAUGUGUCAGGUCUGGCAGGAUUUGCUUCACCUGACAUUGGACUCUUUGUCAGUAGGUUAUUGAAUUACAAAGUGAAAGACAGAUUCUCCAAACUAAUCCCCCUUCCCACAACUCUGGAACAGCCUGAUCGCGGCUCAGAGAAGAUGGAAGAGGGAAAUCACUCGGAGGUGACUGAGUUCAUUCUCUCAGGACUGACAGAUCGUCCAGAGCUGCAGGUCCCCCUGUUUGUGUUGUUCCUACUGAUUUAUGUUGUCACCCUGGUGGGAAAUGGGGGGAUGGUCUUGUUAAUCACAAUAGACCCCCGACUCCACAUCCCCAUGUACUUUUUCCUCCGGGGUUUGUCUUUCUGUGAUCUCUGCUAUUCAUCUGUAAUUGUCCCUAAGAUGCUGCAGAAUUUCUUAGCCGAGAGGAAAAGCAUUUUUCGCACUGCCUGUGCUGUGCAAAUGUAUCUCAGUGGCGUAUUUUCAGAUGGUCAGUGUCUUUUGCUAGUUGUGAUGGCGUAUGACCGUUAUGUGGCCAUCUGUAACCCGCUGCUUUAUACGGUCACUAUGUCCCGGCAGCGCUGUGACCAGCUAGUGGCUGGUGUGUGCGCUGUGGGGUUGGUGGAUCAAAUGAUUACAACGUGUUGUACCUUCCGCCUCUCAUUCUGUCGCUCCAACAUCAUCAGGCAUUUCUAUUGUGAAAUUCCCCCACUGCUUGCGCUCUCCUGCUCUGACACCCGCAUCAGUGACAUUGUGCUGUUGGCUUCCACGUGUUACAUUCUAAUACUCAGUGUUGUGAUCAUUCUCCUCUCCUAUGUCUGCAUCAUCUCCACCAUCCUGCGGAUCCGCUCUGCCGAGGGCCGGUACAAAGCCUUCUCCACCUGUGCUUGUCACUUGAUCACAGUGGGAAUAUUCUAUUUCACUCUUCUUUUCAUGUAUUUCCAACCAACCUACAGCUCUUCCACAGACACCGACAAAACUGCCUCCGUGUUUUACUCGCUGGUGAUCCCCAUGUUAAACCCCCUCAUCUACAGCCUGAGGAACAGGGAGGUGAAGGACUCCCUGAUGAAAGCCAUGAAUAAACUCCUAACCAGUUCCUGAAAUUGUUCAUCUCUGUGCUGGUUGAAUGAUGGGGUGUGGAAACAGUUGUAUUCAGUUCCCAGCCCAGAGCGAUAUAAUUUCACACAGCCUGUGUUGCUAUUGUUUUAAAGAAGGAAGGGAACUGAUUGUAUUAGGUGCAAGGAAGAACAACUAAUCUUUCCCUCUUCUUUCUGCUGGUGUUGAUUUCAUUGGGCAGUUCCAAAGGUGACAUGUUUAUUUUCUGUGGGUGAACCGAAGGGAAUUACACACCGUUCUGCUAUUCUGCAGCUCUUUCUGUGCUCCGUGCGGUUCUUGUCACCUGAUUCGUGCCCGGCCAUGAGGAGGGGAAAGGUGAUUUCCACCACCCUAAGCUGAAUUUUAUAUGAAGGUAACCACAAAACAAGGAACAACAAGCGUAACAUUAGCGAGAGAGAGCACAGUGUGUGCCUCCUCUGUAACAGUCUGCACUGAACAGAAUGCAGAAAAGCAUGAAAAGUGGAAAUUUUCUCUACUAUGUGGAUUAAACUAAUGUUAU